CCCUCUUCUUCGUAUCCCCCUCCCCGACUUCUCUCCGGAUUCGGUGUAACGUUUCAUCGUUACGUCUCCAAUAUCUCUCCGUCCGUUUGGGCGGCUUCUGCUCUUCCAUUCCCCAGAUCCCGAUUCCUUCGGGGUUUCAAUUUGUGUUGAAUUCAUCGAGUCCCGUGGAUCUACUGCUCCUUUUGAACUCUCCAAUUGAUUCUGGAUCUUCUAUCUUUUUCUUCUGGGUUUGGCCGCUCCUCUCGAUUGCUUGGCGAGGAUUCUUGAUCUGUGAGUAAUGCCGGACCGCUCGGACUCCGACUCCUCCCCCAAGUCGUUUAGCGGGGACUCGAGCUCCGGCAGCGAGGAGGUGAAGCCCAUCCGCCGUGCCGGGGGCUCGCGACGCUUCGCCGAUCCCGGGUCUCCCAGCAACACCCAGCAGUCCUCCGACGAGGGCGGCAGCAGCGACGGCGUGCUCGUGGAUCUCCCCGGGAACCGGGAUCAGGAUUCCAGGGGGUCGCCAGGGGAACCCGACAGUGGCAUCCUGGUAAAUAUCGACGGGUCGAUGCAGGAGUCCACGGACGACUCGGGGAGGAAGGAUACUUUUGAGGAUGCGCCGGAUCAACUAAGCGUGGCGGUCGCGCGGAGCCUCCGGCUGGAGGAGUCGAUGGCGGUGAUUGACAUCGGGGAGAGCUCUGCUGGUAGAUUGGGCACCAACGAACUUACCAGGUUUCAGGCUCGGCUAGAGGACGUUGUUGCUGAAUGCCAGAAGUACAAGGAUGAAAGAGAGGUUUUUGGAAAGGAAGUUGUCAGCCUUUGGCGAAGACUUCAGGACAUCUUUGAUCGUCAUUCUUUACUUGCUGCUGCCAAAAAUGAUGAGUCAGUUAGUCUCCCUCAGCUUAAAACAAGUGGGGGUGAGGAUAGGGCAUUGUCAUCACCCACACCGUUGCACUUGAUGUUGAAUGAAUGUUCCCAAUUCUUAGUUGAUUUGGAAUCCACUUUAGAUGAGAGGAUAAAUUCUGAUGGUAUAAUGAGGGAGCUUCGUGCUGUUCUAAAUGAAAAAGACCAAGAAAUCGAGGAUCUCAAUGUCAAGGCCUCAGAAUCUUCUGUUUCUCAUGAUGUCAUUUUUUCCUACUUGGGCUCACUUCGCAAAACAUGGUCAAAGUCUAUGGAGGACUCAACUAACCUUCUUACCAGAAGGUUACUCUCUUCCCUUGAAUCAGUGGUUGGGGAAGCACACAUGUCCAUUAAAGAUUCUCCUACUGAUGACAUCUCUCUUGUUGAGCAGAAAACAUUAAUGUUGAUAGAAAAACAUUCCCAGUUCUUAUCAGAGAUCCAUCUACUUCAGCAGUGCUUAGCAGAGGUUGGACCUGCAUUCACAGCCUCAGAAGAAAAUGAAUUGGGUAAUAUUUUCAGUUUUGCUCGUGAGAAGUUGUUUGAAAGCAAGACAAAGGAGGGCUAUCUUCACGAGGAAAUGAAUAGAUUGGAGGAAGAAAAUAGGAGACUCGUUGAACAGCUUGAGAGAAUGAAAGAGAGUCUAGAAGCAGCAGAAGUGGAGAAAAACAAGACAAAGGCAGAGCUUGAACAGUCAGAGAACAAGUUGGUGGCUACCAGAGAAAAGCUAAGUAUUGCAGUGACAAAGGGAAAAUCAUUGGUUCAACAUCGUGAUUCAUUGAAACAGUCCUUGGCAGAAAAGACAGGUGAGCUGGAGAAAUGCAUGCAGGAGUUGCAACAGAAGUCUGAGGCUCUACAAGCUACUGAAGUCAGCCUUGAGGAGCUGAAACAGUUACUGUAUGAGAGGACAAGUGAGCUUGAGAAGUGCUUGGAGGAGUUGCAACAUAAAACUGAUGAAUUUGAGACCGCUAAGGUGAUCAUUGAGGAUUUGAAUGCAACCAAUAACUUAGUUAGCGCUCUUCAAGAGUCACUUUCGCAAAGGGAUAAGUUUCUUCAAGAAAUUGAAGAAAUUAUGUUGGCGACAAAUUCCCCGCAAGAAGUGCUUUCCAUGGAGACAAUUGAUAGGGUAAGGUGGUUUGUUAACCAAAAGAAUGCUGCAGAUAUCAUAAUUCUGGAAAAUAAGAAAAUCAGAGAUGCCAUAUCUUCCAUUGAAUUACCAGAAGAUGUUUCACCCAGGGAAUUAGAUUAUCAAAUUAAUUGGCUUUUGACUGCAUUCACGCAUGCUAAAGAUGAUAACAGUAAGCUGCGGGAUCAAAUUAGUGGCUUCCAGCUUGCUAUGGUGUCACACGAAACAGAAAUGUCAGAGGCACAUAAGGAAAUUGCUUGCCUGGAAUCAUAUCUUCUGGAAGAAAAGUCAGCAAAAGAAAUUCUUCAUAAUGAACAUGAAGAUUUGAAAUGCAAAUAUGAGGAGAUGGUUCAAAAACUGUCUACACUUUCUUCUGAUAAAGAUCAGUUGAUGAAAGUAUUGUUGGAAUUAUCUGAAAGCACAUUGGAUGACCAUAUUUCUGUGGAUACAAGUUCUAUAGUGGAGAAAUGCAUGAUUAUGGUCAGUGAAAAGAUGAAGUCAUCUCUUGCUGAAAUUGAACGGUAUGAAAGGAUGUUGAGCACACUAUAUUUAACAGCUCAGGAAUUGAAAUUGUGUGAGGGGAUUCUUGAGGAUGAGAUGAUUGACAGAUCUGCCAUGGUGAAACUAUCAGAUGAGCUGACAAAAUUGUCAAAUGAAGCAUUUGUUUUAAAAAAUGAGAAGGACUCCAUACAGAAACAGCUAGAUCUAGUUGAGGAGAAAAAUUCUCUGCUUAGAGAGAAGCUAUCCAUGGCUGUGAAGAAAGGAAAGGGUUUAAUGCAAGAACGUGACCACUUAAAACUCUCUGUACAAGAGAAAGAAAUUGAAAUUGAAAACCGAACACAUGAGCUGCAGCUAAAAGAUUCUACUAUCAACGAGUACCAAGAGAAGAUAAAAAAUUUGUCAGCUAAAGUUGAGCACAUUGAGAAGCUAGAGGCAGAUAUAGUCUUAUUGAAGGAUGAAAGAGAGCAAAGCCAACAAAUUUUGCAUGAGAGAGGCACCAUAUUAAAUAAUUUAGUUAGUUCUAUAGGAAAAAUUGUUGUUCCUAGUGUUGAGGUCCUUGAAGGGCCCUUAGAAAAGGUUAAUUGGAUUGCUGAGUACAUUCAAAAAACAGAAGUGGCAAAAAGUAAUGCAUUAGAAGAGCUUCAUAAAGCAAAAGAUGAAGCUAGCUUACAGGCUAGCAGGUUAUCAGAUGCCUUUGCAACUAUUAAAUCAUUAGAGGAUGAAUUGUCCAAGGCAGAAAAACAUAUUUCUUUUACUGUUGAAGAAAAGAAUGUCAUCCAACUUGGCAAGAUUUCUAUUGAGCAUGAGUUUGAGAAGCUCAAGGAGGAGAGUUCUUCACAUGCUAGAAAGUUAUCAGAGGCCUAUGCCACUAUAAAGUCACUUGAAGAUGCAUUACAAGAAGCAGAAAAGGAUAUUGUUCGACUAAAUACUGACAUGAAUGAAUUGGAGGCCAAAAGCGAACAGGAGAUCAUUGACUUGAAUGCCAAAUUAAUUCAAUGCCGGGAGGAGUUGGCAGGAACUCGUGAAAUUAUAGAGAACCAUUCAGCUGAGCUAAAUAAUCAACUUGGAUAUUUAGAAAUGUUCAUAAAGGAUGAGAGUCUAUUUUCCAGAAUGGCUGAAAAAUUCAGCAAAAGUAUUGAGGGAUUGAGAACAAUGAACAAUCUUAUUCAGAAUAUGCACAGCCACUUUUCUUCAGUGGGUCUACGUGUGCAUCCUAGCAUGCAGCAUGACCCUGCAUUUAGAGAGCUUCCUUCUCUACCAAAAUUUGAGGACUUCAUGGACAACAGGGCCAUACAAUUGGAGGCAAGUGCUGCUGACAAUGAAGAUAUUUCAUCCUUGGCCAAGAUUGUAGGAAGUCUGCAUGCUCGAGCUGAGCUUUGUGGUGACAAUUUUGAAGUUUUCUGCAAGAUUCUAGACGAGCACAUAGCAGGAAUAUUGCCAGCCAUGCAAGCUACUAGAGACGAGUUUGUUCAUGUUCUUGAGCAUAGCGAGUCCUUAAAGCUGGAUGUACAUAAAUUAGAAGCUCAUAAUAAGGUUCAAGAAGCAAAACUUGUUUCUUUACAGAAAGGAUUGAUGACACUUUUUCCUGCAUGCAUUGAUGCUAUGCGAGAACUCAAUCAAUUUAGUGAUUCAAGUGGCACAUUGUCUUCCUUAGAUAAGGAAGCUUUUUCAGGAGGAUUAGAAGAGAAGGAUACUGAAUGUUAUGCUAAGGCAGCAGAUAGUUUAUUACUUGCAGCAAAGAGAAUCAAGAAUCAGUAUCAACAGUCAUCAAAUUCAGAGAAAGUCUGGUUAACAGCCACAGAUGAUAUGAAAAGCAAACUGGAAGAAGCUGAAUCGAUUGCUAAAACUGCCAUUCAAGAGCAGAUGAUCGACCAAGAAAGAAUUUCUACAUUGGAGAGAGAUCUUGAAGCAUUGAGAGAGUUAUGCCAUGAUAUGAAAAUUAAGGUGGAGAAUUAUCAGGCCAAGGAGGAUAUGUUGAAGGACAAAGAACAAGAACUUCUGACAAUGCAAAAUGCUUUAGACAGAGAAAUCGGUGGCCUGGAAUUGUUCAAAAGCCAAAUGAACGCGCUGAUGGAUAAAGUUAAUAAGCUAGAAGUUCAUUUCAUUGAGACAGAAACACACAAUCCUGAAGUUCAGUACUCAGGUCCCGUUGAGAAACUCUUUUUUAUAGUUGAUAAAGUCAUUGAUAUGCAGAAAAAGAUGGAUAUCUUGACUUACGAUAAGGAAGACAUGCAGUUGAUGAUUGCGUCCCAUGUGCGUGAGAUUGAAUAUCUGAAAAGGUCAGCUGAAACAAUCGAUAUCAAGUAUCAGGAAUUGGAAUCACAGAAGAAUGAAUUAUUAGAAAUCACUGGUGAUUUGGAGAAAAUUGUAAAAAGAUUAGGGGGAUAUGAUCCACUCCAAGAUCAAAAACCUUUGAGUGCAAAACUGCUCCUAGCAGUGCUGGAGAGACUGAUAACAGCCUCAAGAUUAGAAUCUGAAAACUUAAAAUCUAAAGCACAAGAAUUGGGAGCUAAAUUACAAGCAAAAGAUAAUCUUAUCAAAGAAUUGUCAGAGAAGGUAAAAAUUCUUGAGGAUUCAAUUCAUACUCGGCAGGAUGUCACAAAAGAAAGGACUGUUUUUGAAGAAACUCCCACAACAUUGGAACCGGAGAUAUCUGAAAUUGAAGAUGGACUCUUGGCAAAGAACAUAUCACCUGUUGCAACUGCUGCUCAAUUGAGAACAAUGCGGAAGGGGUCAAAUGACCAUCUCAUCCUCAACAUUGAUUCAGGGCCUGUUCAUUCAAUUGCUGCCCGGGAGAUUGAUGCCAAAGGCCAUGUUUUCAAAUCUCUGAAUACUACUGGUCUAAUCCCAAAACAAGGGAAGUUGAUUGCAGAUCGAAUUGAUGGUGUUUGGGUUUCUGGUGGUCAGUUACUGAUGCGUCGUCCCGGAGCAAGGCUAAGUAUCAUGGCUUACAUGUUCUUCUUGCAUCUAUGGUUGCUAGGCACCAUAUUGUAACAAUGUCAGCACAGCUACAAAUUACAAAUUGUAACAUAGAAGUAAAAAAAAUAAGCUCUUAUUAUCAUUAAUUUUUUUUAUAUUUAGUUAAUGUCCCAUUCGUUUUUCCCCUCAACAUUAGUUGAACAUGUAUUCAGAUCAUUUAUUAGCUACCUUACAAAUGUAAGGUGAUAAGAUAUAUCUUGCCCAUGCAUAAUAUAUUACAUGCUACAUAGAAAUUUUUUUUGACAGGUUAUGUA